AUGACCGAGUCGAUCGAGAACGAGAAGCGACACAGUGCGCCCCCGGUGAUGAAAGAGGGUGUUGAACAGGCUUCCGCUGUGCAGACAGACGAAAUACGACGUUUACCGACAAACGCCUCCGAAACCUCGCAUGUCGAAAAUGCGAUCUCGCUGCGCGAAGUUGAUCCCGUGUCCGUUCGAUUGGAGCAUCUUUCAGUGUCGGUAGACGAGUCACCAAGUGCUAUCUCAAAGCUGUUCAAGAAAAGUUCGCAGACGCAAGAUGGCAGCCAAACGAAGAAAAUCCUGGACGACAUAUCCGCGGAAUGCAGGAGUGGGACGCUGACGGCAAUCAUUGGAGGUAGUGGUAGCGGCAAGACCUCGCUGUUGAAUCAGAUGAGCGGUAGGAUGAAGGGCAAUCGAUUAUCAGUAUCUGGACGGACUCUAUUCAACGGGAGCGAAGAUGCGUCUCAAAUCCCUUCCGGCUUCGUCAUACAGCAGGACAUCUUGUUGCCUACUCUGACAGUCCGGGAGACAUUGACCUAUGCGGCCCAGCUUCGCUUGCCUUCGUCAAUCAGCCAACAGGAGAGGAAGAAGCUGGUGGAAGAGGUCAUCAUGGAGUUGAGUCUGAAAGAAGCGGCCGAUACGCGAAUUGGGAACCAUGAGCAUCGCGGCUGCAGUGGCGGCGAGAAGCGACGAGUCAGCAUUGGCGUACAACUGCUGUCGAAUCCCAGUUUACUUUGGCUAGAUGAGCCAACCACUGGACUUGAUUCAACCAGUGCGCACCAGAUCGUGAAGACUCUGCAGAAUCUUGCGCGAAAGGGAAGAACCAUCAUCGUCACCAUACACCAACCUCGAUCAGAAAUUUGGAGUCUUUUCGACAACAUCAUACUUCUAACAAGGGGUAAACCCGCGUACGCGGGGAGUGCGGACGAGUGUUUACCUUACUUUCAGAGUCUAGGUCAUGAGAUGCCUCCAUUCACGAACCCAGCGGAGUAUCUCAUUGACGUCGUAAGCGUUGACAACCGGAGCGAGGAAGCGGAGGCUGCAGCUCAAAUCCGCGUUGACCGCAUCACUGAAGCAUGGAGGGAGCGCUCUUCGAAAUUACAAGCCGAGAAGGAAAACAACGAGAAGGGGUCAAGCAUUGCGCCCUCAUCGAAACGUUCCCCAGCAAGGCACAUAUCGCUCCUACAGCAGAUUCGCGUCUUGACAUCGCGGACCUGGAUCGUGACAUUAAGGGAUCCGAUGGGCAUGUUUGGAAGUCUUGUGGAAGCAAUUACGAUGGCGGUCAUCAUCGGUUGGAUUUUCUUACAGCUGGACGGCACGCUCUCCGGUAUUCGAUCUCGCCAAGGUGCUCUGUACAUUGCAUCUGCAAUGCAGGGCUAUCUCAUCUUGCUCUAUGAAACCUACCGCUUGACCAUCGACAUCCAUGUUUUCGACGAAGAGGCGCGACAAGGCGUGGUCGGCAUACCAGCCUUCCUCAUCUCGAGGAGAUUGGCUCGCUUGCUGAUUGAAGACAUUCCGGUGCCGUUGAUCUUCUCAAUCAUCUUCUACUUCAUGGCUGGUUUUCGAAAAGAUGGAGAAGUGUUCCUUACCUUUUUCAGUGUCAUCUUGCUUGAGCAGUAUAUUGCAGUCUGCUUUGCAAUGGUCUGUGUUGCGGUGUCGCGGAAUUUCGCCGGGGCCAGCUUGGUGGCGAAUCUCGCCUACACACUGCAGUCCAUGGCUUGUGGCUACUUUAUUCAGUCGAACACCAUACCGGUCUAUGUACGUUGGACAAAGUGGACAGCCUACGUCUUCUAUGCUUUCGGUGCAUUGGCUGCCAACGAGUUUACAGGGCAGUUCUACGAUUGUCCAUUCGAAGGCGGCGCCUCAAAUCCAGCGUGUAAAGAAUACGACGGGAGUUUCAUUAUGGACUCGCUAGGCUUUCCUGGGGAUUGGGUCUGGCGUCCCAUCCUUGCACUGCUCGGUUUCGGUAUCGCUUUCUACAUUGGCGCCUACCUUCUGCUCAAGUUUUGGAAUGCUGAAAUUGCCAUGGCAAGAGCGAGACCUUCGAACGUAGAUGCGUCAGCCGGAAAAGAGAAGAUGGUCGCUAGGUCUCGAGAAGAAGUGCGCACAGUCACCAUUCGACUUGACGGAUACGGGCUUGACCUCGAGAAACGUUCCCUGAGGAAGAAGACCACGAAGACGAUCCUCAAUCCGCUCACAGCUGAGUUCCAGCCCGGCACCAUGAAUGUCAUCAUGGGUCCUUCGGGAUCCGGAAAGACAACAUUGCUCAAUUGCAUGGCGGGUAGACUGCGGGAUGAUCUGACGACUAGAUACAAAAAGUACGGAGACAUGUCCUUCAAUGGCCUGUCACCAUCUCAAGACGUGGUUCACGCCAUAUGCUCGUUUGUUACGCAAGAUGACGAUGCCCUCCUCGCUUCGCUUACGGUACGUGAGACUCUACGAUACGCUGCCGGUCUCCGUCUACCCAAGUGGAUGACGAAGCAAGAGAAGAUGCAGAAAGCCGAAGACAUACUUCUCAAGAUGGGCUUGAAGGACUGUGCAGACAAUCUCAUCGGUAAUGACCUGAUUAAGGGAAUCAGUGGAGGCGAGAAACGCCGCGUGACGAUCGCCGUUCAGAUCCUCACAGAACCUCGUGUUCUUCUACUCGAUGAACCACUAUCGGGUCUGGAUGCCUUCACAGCACUCUCCAUCAUGGACGUUCUUCAAGGUCUCGCCAGCGAAGGCCGCACCCUCGUCGUAACAAUCCAUCAGCCGCGAUCAGAUCUCUUCGCCCACUUCGGAAGUAUUCUUCUCUUAGCACGAGGUGGUCAUCCUGUCUACGCCGGCCCAGCUCGAGAGAUGCUACCACACUUCGUGAAACAGGGCUAUCACUGUCCUCAGCACAUCAACCCUGCUGAUUUUGCGCUUGACCUUAUCACCGUCGAUCUUCAGCACGAGUCACGUGAGGCCGCCAGUCGAGCCAAAGUCCGCAGUCUAAUUCAGUCUUGGACUCCAGACCUGUUCCCAGCUGUUCGGACAGGGUCAAUUACCACACCAGCCGAACUCGGAAGCUUGGUCAGAGCGCCGGCCUCUUUCGUCACGGCUUUCUCCAUCCUUUUGAGGAGGGCAACGAAGAACUUUUUCAGACAACCUGAUCUGUUGUCUGCACGGAUUGGUCAGGUGGCUGGCCUAGCCAUCGUGCUUGCUCUGUUCUUUGCACCACUGAAGAACAACUACUUCGCGGUCCAAAAUCGCCUAGGUUUCCUCGUAGAAAUUGCGCCCUUGUAUUUCGUCGGUAUGCUCAACAACAUCGCCGUCUACCCACUCGAACGCGACGUAUUCUACCGCGACUACGCUGAUCGCGUAUACAACGUCGAAGCUUUCUUUCUGACAUACACCGUUCUUGAGAUCCCAUUCGAGAUCAUCAGUUGUAUCCUCUUCUCGUGCCUCGCCGUCCUCGCGUGCGGCUUAGAGCGCGACGCCCCUACGUUCUUUAUCAUUACCUAUAACGCUUUCUGCAUUGUCAACUGUGGUGAAUCCCUAGGUAUCACAUUCAACACGCUGUUCACCCAUACUGGCUUCAGCGUGAACUGCAUGAGUGUGUUCCUAAGCGUAGCGCAAAUCAUGGGUGGCGUCAUGUCCCUCAACAUCCCCAGCUUCCUCCAAGCCUUCAACCACCUCUCCCCCAUCAAAUGGGCCAUGGGUAACAUGGCGCCUUACACCCUCCGCGGCGUCAAGUUCUCCUGCGAAGAGUACCAGAAGAUCAAUGGACGCUGUCCCAUCACCACGGGCGAGGACGCACUCGCGCUUUACAAACUCAACAAGGAUCCUGAAAUGUACAUCAUGGCGUUGGGCGUGUGCACUAUCGUGUACAGGCUGAUUUCGUAUCUGAUACUGAAGUGUGUGAAGGAGAGGUGGGUCGGGAGGACGUGGAGGAAGGUGGGUGGGGACGCUGGCUGA